AUGACCAGCUCCAUGUUCGACGCCAUCAACGCUGUCUUCCUACGGAAGAUGAACAGGCUGAGCGACGCCAUAUGGAGCAUGAUGGAGAAGGUCAGAGCUUCGUUCGUGAGGGACGGCUGCUGGAGAGUCUCAUCGGCGGAGGCCGGUGGCGUCCACAAGACCACCAGGCUGAUGAUGAACUACAUCAUGCUGCUGUCGCGAAACGAACGUGCGCUCAGUCUCAUCCUGCAGGAGGACCAACAACAACAACAACAACACUUGUCUCAUCAACCCGAUUACUACUCAAGCACGGUUGAUAUCCUCAUCAAGGAUCUGAUCUCUUGCUUGGAGAAGCAGCUGGAGAAGGCAUCAAAUUUUAUCUCCGACCCUGGAUUGCGCUACAUAUUCUUGAUGAACAAUUGCAGCUUCAUUUCGCAGAAGGUUUCGUCCAUGCUCCUGCCGUCCUGGACUCUGUUUGAAGAUUACAAGAUCGAGAGGCCCAAGAAACGAGAUUCCAGAGAAAGACCUUCCCCAAUGGAAGAUUACGUUAACCAGCCAGAUCCAAAUCUUCAGGAGCAAAUACAAAUGGACUCAAACCUGGAUGGCCUUCUCAUGAUCCAGAGCUUCAUAGAAGCUUACCUCGACGCCUCUUGGGAGCCAGUGAUGUCUUGCUUGUACUAUGACAUACCUCGGGGCUUCCUGAAGCUUGGCGGAAGGCUGGAUAAAUUCGAAUGUGAGUUCCACAAAACUUACACCAUGCAAAGGCAAUGGAAGGUUCCAAACCCUGAACUUAGGAAGAGAUUGCGCAAAGCUGUGAUUGAGAAAGUCAUUCCAGGUUUCAGCAAGUACUUGGCGGAGCGAACGACAAAGGCGAAGAGCAAUAGGCCACCCAAGAACACUGCCCUUGAAUUGGAGGAGCUAUUGGAAGAGCUAUUCGAAGGAUGA